CAUGCGCAGCCGAACUUUUCCGCGUCCCCUGUAGUGCUACUGCACUUCCUCAUUGGUGGUGAUAGCAAAGUGCUCCACAGUCUAGCGACGUUUCUGACUGAAAUAACGCACAACGCGUUUCGUUUUAUUUAAUCUCUGAGCCUCGCAAAUGUCGAAGCCUCCUCCCAAGCCGGCCAAGCCAGGCCAAGUCAAGGUGUUCAGAGCAUUGUUCAACUUUGACCCCAGAACGCCAGACGAGCUGUACUUUGAAGAAGGAGACUUCUUGUACAUCUCUGACACUAGUGACACUAAUUGGUGGAAGGGGACAUGCAGGGGAAGGACAGGACUAAUUCCAAGUAACUAUGUGGCUGAGCAGGCAGAGUCUAUUGACAAUCCAAUGCACGAAGCAGCCAAACGAGGCAAUCUAAGCUGGCUGAGGGAAUGUGUGGAGAACAAGGUUGGAAUCAACGGGCUGGAUAAGGCUGGAAACACUGCCCUCUACUGGGGAUGCCACGGAGGACAUAAAGAUGUGGUGGAGGUGUUGCUAAGCCAGCCCAAUGUGGAGCUCAACCAGCAGAAUAAACUUGGGGACACCGCUCUGCACGCUGCUGCCUGGAAGGGUUAUUCUGACAUUGUGGAAAUGUUGCUGAGCAAGGAUCCGAGGACAGACAUUAGGAACAAUGAGAAUAAGCUGGCUCUGGAGAUGGCUACCAACGCCCAGUGUGCUUCACUUCUCAAAAGGAAACAGGGAAGCAACAUCACCCGCACACACAGCAACGCUGAAGAGUAUUUGGACGACGAGGACUCGGACUGAGCCACCCCUGUUGUCACUGUCUUCCAUUGGGUUUGGGGGGGGGGGGGGUGUCGUGGCCCUCUGCGUCACUUUUGUGUGAAUUUCAAAGCAUUGAAUUAAUGCGUUUCACAGUUUGCCUGCUUUGCCAAGUGCACUUCCAUAUGUAGGGAAUUUGUCUUGGAGCAUCGGUUGCACACUGUGGACUGAGGGGCAGAAUAUAUACGUAGUCGUGGAAAAUGGACCAAAGCUCUAAGAAACACAUUCCAAACAUAAAGAUUAUGUUCAACCUAUUUACACUGGGCAUUAAAGUGCCAGUGCAGAUUAAUAUAUUGAUCUGAUCUGUGUCCAGUUAGGUUUAAAUGCUCCAUUUAAAUUACUGAACUACUAAAAUCACCCAAAAGGAAUUGAAAACACAUUAUCUCUUGCAGCUAUAUCACAACUAGGCACAAUUUAUAUGAGGGACCCAAUGAGACAUUAUGUUAUCUGCUCAAAUUAAGGGUCAGUAAUGUGCACAAAUGGGCUAAAUAGGGGAAAACUAACUGCCUUGUAUGACAGUAAUCUUCCUCCUCCUCCAUAAUUUCAUGAAACCCACCUGUUACUCUCUGUACUGCAUGUAUUUUGGUCUGUCAUUUCCACUGCCAUUAAAGACCUAUCAGUUCAGUGUAACUAAAGUCUUCCAUGUGUGAAACAGAUUUUAAAUUACUCUUUCAUCUUUCAAGCUUUUGAUCAUUUGAUUUCCAUCGUGGGAGCAAGUUUUCUGGUUUUAUUGCUGCUUUCCAACAAAUUCUGUUAAAAACAGUGCCUUAAAUGUGUGUAAUAUAUCAAGUGUAUUUUUGGUUAUGUAUCAGUGUUUCUUUUUUUUCUCUUCUGAGGUUAUGAAUUUCUUAAGAUGAUUUUGUUAUAGAUAUCUAUCUGCUCUGUCUUCAAUCUGCAAUAAAAGAUUAACUUAAAAUGUCA